AUGGUGCGCGCGGCUCCGUCGAACUCGUCGGUCUGCGUCGUGCUCGUGGAUGAGGGUCGUCCCCGAAGCGACCUCGACGCAUCGGCUUCAAAGGGUUUUGCCAUGGCCGACAAGGGCAGCCUGAAGCCCCUCCAGAAGGAGUACCACCUGCUCUCCAAGGAGCAGCGGGCGCUGCUGCAUGAUGGUUCUCCCUCGAUGGUCCGCUACCCCUCUUCGAGCUGCUGUUCAUCUCAACCACAUCUCCAUCCAACAAUGAUUCAGUGGGUUCUGAUUUUGUCUUCCUACUUAAUAUUGUGCCAAGUGAAGCCAGUGAACAUUAAUGGGGAAAUCUAUGCAAGAGGUGUGGCUUAUGCCUUGCAAAAUAGUGGAUAUGAUCCCAAAAAGGUGUCGGGAGAGACUGCUCAUGAAAUCUGGUUUGCUGCCAAUAGCAUGGGGGCUGGAGGCCGAGAAUCUGAUAAUAUGAUAAUUUUCUUAUCAGGUUGGCGCUAAAUUUUGUAAACUACAAUUCUGUCUUGACAUUUUUCAGUAGUUUUGUUUCAGAAAUUCCGCAGCAAUUUCCAUAAGGAAUUCUUUGUGUUGCUUCGGUACUUACAAUGCGAUACUGCACAGUAUUUUAGUAUAAGAGAAAAGGCUAGCUUUACAAAGCUAGGCCUCUCUGAUUUGGCCUCAUGUAGCCAACUGGCUUCGUAUGUGGAAGUGCGACAUUCCUAUUGUCUCAUCACAUGACAGAUAUGAUAGGAAAAAAAUCAAAUUUAUUCCCUUACUUCGAAAUAUAUGCACAUUU